AUGGCGGCGUCCGCUGCUUCCAGUUUAGGUGUUGCAGUCGGUGUGAGCCGCACCAUCGAGCUAUUAGCACCUGUGUACGAUGAAGUGUGUCAACACCCAUCAGGUGGCGCGACGAACGUUCCAGUGAUGCUGCAGCGCACGGCAGAUGACUGGAUCCGGCUCGUGUUUGCUGGACCCAACGUACGGAAGGAUGUGGUAUGCGUAAACGGAGCUAGCGGUUGCCGCUGCGACUUCGUGCGCUUUUUACGGGCUCUGCUGGUGCUUAUGGAGCGACAGAUCGUGGUGAUGGAUGCCACGUACGCCACGACGCCGCGAGUCAUCGGCCAGAAACGCGUCGCGACGCUUCAGUUACGCGUGCGCGUACACGAUGACGCCCAGCGCGGCACGUCUCUCAAGGACUUUGACUUCGUUCUAUGCCACCUACAAGCCACUGUUCUGACCAUCGUGGCACGCAACGAACAGGCGAAGAAAGAGGCUCUUAAUGCUGCACUAGAGGCGGCCAAGAACACCUCGUGUCAUGUUGUGGGCUGUAAACUGCACCCUUGGGAUAAGGCCAUUCAACCCAAGCAAAAACUUAAUUUGCCCGACGUAUUCCACAGCUUAACAAGCCAAAUGGAGGUGGAUCAGAUGGAGAUCCGAGACGACGCCACGUACGUGGCUCGAAUGACUCGCCUGAACAAACAGGUCGUCAUGACCGACCUGCCUACGAAUGUGCUGCAGAAUAUUGUGUGUCUUAUGAACGCACGCGGCCUCGCCUCUCUGAGCGGUGUAUGCUCGCUGUUUCAACACAUGGCCUACGAAGUGGUGCCUGGCCUGAAUCUUGUGCUUUACGAGCACCAGCGGAGAGGACUGAAGUGGAUGCUGCGCCGCGAAACACGGACAUUGAGUUGCAUCCCUCAGCCACAUCCAUUUAUCUUAUCUUCCGAAUCAAAUAGUGUAUCGGCAACGGCGAUUGAUUUGAUUGAAGACAGAGUUAUCUCGCACCCUCAUGAGACCGCAAGGGACGCGUGUGGAGGCAUGUUCUGUGACGAGCCAGGGCUCGGCAAAACCAUCACCAUGCUGGCAUUAAUCCUGCGAACAAAGGGACAAUCUACAGACAACACACCAGUUGAUUACGAGGACCUGGUGAGUUCUGGAGCUUCUCUGAUCGUCGCUCCAGAUCCGCUGGUCGAGCACUGGAAGUACCAAGUCGAGGCGCAUGUUGCACCGGGUGCCUUGCGGAUAUUUGUCGAUCCUGGUGUUGAGUUCAAGCUGCCAUUCAAUUUCGAUCUGGCUGAGUAUGAUGUUGUUAUCACCUCGUUCACAAGACUGGCGCGAGAAUGGAGACUUCACAGACCAACAUCCGCCUUGGAAGCACGUAUGCCCGAACGAUAUGGCUUUGAAGGUCCUCAACGGUAUGCUGACGGAACUCUUCGCGGAAAUGUAUCUUCCCUUCUGACGGUUCACUGGUUGCGAGUCAUUGUAGACGAAGGGCACAAACUGGGUGGUCAGACUCCAUCGGAUUUAAUGCAGUUAGCUCGGUUAAUUUGUGCUGAACGACGAUGGGUUAUGACAGGAACACCGACGCCAAACACGCUUCAGUCGGCUGAUCUCCGCUACAUGUAUGGACUUCUCGUGUUCUUGCGCAAUCGACCAUACGGAAAUCCGGAUGGACAGGCUUGGGUGAAGGCGAUUGCUCGCCCGUUCGAGCGUAACGACAUUGUUGGAUUCUAUCGCUUGCAGCAUCUGCUCAGUCGGAUCAUGAUGCGCCACACGAAAGAAUCAAUCCGGGAGAUAUUGCCCGAACCGACCCGACGCACCGUGUUUAUCGACCCCACGCCAUCCGAGUACUCACAAUACAACGGCAUUGCCGCAGCUGUCCGUGCCAACUUGGUCAUUACAAAUAUGGACCCGAAAACGCCUGGUCACCAGCAUCCAGAUAGCUUGUUGAACCCGGUCAAUCGGAAGGAAGCAUUGCGUGUGGUCUCCAAUCUUCGAGCUGCAUGCUGCGGUGGAUCUGCUGUGAAGGUUUCGCUGGCCGACUCAUCUCGACUGGAUACGAUUAAUAUGCUGAACGCGCUCAGUGUAGAUGGCGAGAACAUGGGAACCGUGAUUGAUUACCUUCGAAAGGUUCAGCUCCAAGGGAUGGUAACGCAGUGUGGAUGCUGCAAACGCAAGUUGCAAUUGCUUAUGAUCAUCCCAUGUGGACAUUUGUGCUGUGCGGACUGUGUGGAAGAUCGAAUGGAAAGGGUGGGGCCCAUUUGCUUUCGCUGCAAUGCUGUGUUUGAUCGCGAAGCCUUUCAAAGACUUCAGCCCGGAUUUGAGUUUGAGCUGGUGGAAGCUGUGACGUUGGAGGCAAACGACCCUGAUCGAGAUCAAGAAGCAAAUGGCCAAAUUGCUCGCCGGCAGCCUCGUCGUGCGAUGGAUUAUACUCGUGACAUCCAUUUUAUUGACGCUAGUAAAGCUUUUUACGCUGCCACUCGAAUUAAAGAGCUGAAGGAGGAGUUCUUACAGCGCAACAUGAAUCCAAGCAGUCGUUCGUCGCGACGCCAAGCGCGUAAUCUCAAAGCCAUCAUCUUUUCGCAGUUCAAGGAUCACAUCUGGCACACAAAAGUUGCGUUCGCUCAGCAGGGUUUGCAUACCGCCGAUUUCAUUGCAGGACUUAGCCCCGAAAUCCGGAUGAAACAGCUUACGCGCUUUCGCAAAGACCCGAAUGUGAAUGUCCUGCUGCUAACUGAGGUUGGUUCGCAUGGGCUGGACCUCUCUUUCGUCACGCACAUUUUCUUGAUGGACGAAAUUUGGGAUAAAUCGCUGGAGCGCCAGGUUAUUAGUCGAGCUCAUCGGAUGGGCGCUAACCACGCUGUGGUCGUGGAGCAAUUGUGGAUGCGUGGCAGUGUGGAAAGCCACAUGUUGAAGCCUCAUGAAUUAUCCGACGAAAACCAGAUCGAAUUAGAGGAGAAACCAAAAGUACUUGCUUCAUCUACUCGAACUAGAGCACAGCUAGGGGAAUCUCCGGGAAGAUCGCCGAAGAAAACUAAUACUGGCGGAGGAAAGAUGUUCAAUGCUCCCAGCAAGAAGCGCAAAAGGCAUCGUACGGAGGGGGAUGUACGAACUGCACCAAAAAGCAACAAGAACACUAUUCUUCAGCGCAAACUCGACUACGUUUUGCACAAGUUGCGUCUACUGGAAGAGAGCAUUGUCGGGGAGCCCGGUCAAGUACGAUUUUUGGUUGAAGACGAUCAAAAGAAUGUGGUUCGACAAGCAAUUCAUGUCAUGCCCAACCGAGGAUCUCGCGGGAGUACAGCAAAUACCCAGCUAUCGACACCGACAGUAGCUACCACGACUACCCCGUUGUCAACGGUCCAGACCACUGCACGCUCACGUCUGCAACUCUUCAGGUGA